CCUUACCUCGCGAUACCUACUCGCCGUCGACCCUUAGGUCUGCCCGUCGGGGCACCGGGUCGGCCUCGCCGGCCACCUCCGGGUCGCGUAUCACGGCUGCAGUCGAACCGAUAACCCGGAAACGUCUCCGAUGGCGGGAAAAAUCGGAGAGAAAAAAUAAGCACGGAAUUGCCAGAGUCCAGAGGAGGUAGGUGCGGAGGCCUAUACCUAGACCGAGGAGACGACGAAGCAGCGACACCGCGGGAACCGGAAGUGCUCCGAGCAUGGACUACUCUUAUCUGAAUCAAGCAGCGGCUGCGGCCGCCGCCGGUUUCGAGGCCUCAAGCUGUGCCCUGGCUGCCAGUGAAAUGCAAUGCGGAUACGGCGACCUCAGCUCCUGCUCGCAGAUGAGUCAGGCCGCUUAUCGCUACACCGCGGCCAGGGCGGCCGGAUAUCCUGGGAACGCUGGGAACCCAGGAACCGGCGGUGCGAACCCCCUGGGGCCUCAUCAUGGCGCUCAUCCUCAUGCCCAUGGGCAUCAUGGGGCCCAUGCUACUCCGUGUUCCGUUAUGGCUGCCCGCAGUCAGGAUGUUCAUCGACAUGCUGCCUCCAUAUUUCCGUCGGCGAUCAACCUUCAGGGCGGUUUGGGGUACAAGGCGUACCCGGGGCACGACGGGCUCGCCGAAAAGAGGAAGCAGCGUCGGAUACGAACGACCUUCACCUCGGCUCAGCUCAAGGAACUUGAACGAGCAUUCCAGGAGACUCAUUAUCCGGACAUCUACACGCGGGAAGAAAUCGCGAUGAAGAUAGAUUUGACGGAAGCCAGGGUACAGGUUUGGUUCCAGAACAGACGUGCCAAGUUUCGGAAACAGGAACGUCUCGCUCAGCAGAAAUCAACCGGGCAAGGUGGAGUCGGGGGUGACAGCGGCGCCUCGAGCCCAGUGGCAGGAAGUGUCAAGACUGAGGGACGCUCCCCAAGGAGCCCGGCAACUCCGCCAGUAAAUUCAAACAGCGUCCACUCAACCGCAGAGGUUAAACCGAUCUCGAAUUCGAAUUUGGGAAAUUCGAAACACUCGAACGAUGGAACUGGAAAUUUGCAGUCCUCGCCGAUCGUCCGUAGCGGAGGCGGAGGCGGUGGCGGGGGCGGGGGUGGCGGGGGCUGGGGAUCAUGCAGCCCGAGGCCGUUCUCCGCAGCCCUGCCACCCUACCUCCUAGAUCCACUGCCUCUAAAAACUGCAAAUCUUUACUAAUCCAAGAUCGACCGGCGAGGUGACAUCCUAACGGUUUUUGUAAAUAGAUGUAACAUGGUGGACUCCAGGACGAAGGAUCAGAGACGGUUGUCAGGGAUGGACAAACGACGAUGAUUGCCUGAAUAUUUCACUCAGAUAUUCACGAUCCUU